CUCUAUGCGCCUUUGCCGUAAAGGUAGAAGAUUUGCAUUUGUGCCUGUACUCCUGGCGAAGGCGAACGAAGCGAGCUAAUUACGUUCAUCGGUCAAGCUGGUGCCAUAGUUGGCCAGCCAUGACGAAACUUACACGUAAGCUUUGUAGUUUCAUCGGUGUAGUCGCUAUCGCUUUGGCUUUCUGAGUCGUCGUCCUUCUCAUCUUGAUAUUG